AUGAUGCUGUCCGAAGUUCUGUAUUAUGGCACCAUUGUCGCGCUGCUUGCCAUCGUCUGUCAGCAAGCUAUUGCCCGCUACCGCUUCAACCAAAAGUACAAGCUACCCACAAGGAUUCCAGGACUUCCUAUACUCGGCAAUACGCUACAGAUCCCUCCACUGAAUCAAGGGCAAUGGGGCAAGGCGAUGGCCGCGAAGUAUGGCGAAAUGUUCACCUGCCAGAUCGGUGGCUCCACCUGGGUCUUUCUCAACAGCUCCCGGACCGUCAACGAUCUGAUGGAGAAGCGUAGCGCAAUCUACUCCUCCAGGCAGUACGCGCCCUUUGCUUCCGGACUCCUCUCUUCCGACUCUCGUAUGCUGCUGAUGCCGUAUGGCGAGCGCUGGCGCCUGCUCCGUCGCAUCAUGCACACAGUCCUCAACAAGCAGAACAUGCCGACUUUCGCACCGUACCAGGACGUCGAAUCCCGCCACCUGCUCUGGGACUACCUCAAGUACCCCGAACUGUGGUAUGCAGCCAACCAACGGUACGCCAACUCGGUCAUCAUGAGUGUCGUGUUCGGCAAGCGUAUGCAUCUCGAAGACCCAGACACCAAGGAGCUGUUUGACACGUCCAACGAGCUGAUACUCGCCCUGCAGCCGGGCGCGAACCUCGUCGACGCAAUACCCGCGCUCGCCAAGUUGCCGAAACCCUUGCAGUGGUGGCGGAAGCGCGGAGAGCGUCUGCACCAGAAGACCGUCAACGUCUACAAGAAGCAGGUCCGCGAACUGCAACAGCGCAUCGCCGCCGGCACCGCACGAGAUUGUUUCGCCGUGCAGUUUCUGAAGGACCCUUCGACCACCGAUUAUGGAGAGACACAGACGUACUUCGCGCUCGGCUCCCUCAUGGAAGCCGGCAGCGACACCUCGCGCAUGACCAUCUCCCAAGUCAUCGCCGCCGCCGCCUCAGACAAGCGGUGGGUGGCCACAGCACGCGACGCGCUCGACCUUGUCUGCGGCGCCGACGCGGCGCGUCUCCCCGGCUUUGCCGACCGCGAGGCGCUGCCAUACCUGACCGCCACCGUCAAGGAGGCGUUUCGGUGGCGGCCCUUUGCCGAAAUCGGCCUGCCGACCAUGCUGAUCCAGGACGACGAGUACGAAGGGUACAGGUUCCCCAAGGGUACGCUGUUCACGUGGAACUCGAUGGCCAUCGCGCUGGAUGAGAGGGAGUACGAGCAGCCCGAGCGGUUCUGGCCCGAGAGGUUCCUCAAUGAUGAUCUGAAUGAUGUGCGCAAGGGCCAUUGGAGUUUUGGACCUGGCCGGCGUGUUUGCUCGGGCUAUAACGUGGGCGAAACGAAUGUUUGGAUCGCUAUUGCCAGGCUGCUCUAUUGCUUUGACUUUGAAGAACUUCCGGGCCAACCGAUAGACACAUUCACGACCAAUUGGGGCGAGCAUCGGUGGGCGCCGUUCCCCGUGAAGAUCACGCCGCGCAGCCAGGCACAUGCAGAGUUGAUUCAGCGCGAGUGUGCGGCCGCGGUUGAUAUGGACUACUAG